CUCCUCCAUCACACACUCUCUGUCCCGUUCCACGCUCAAUCAUGGAACCACCAUUCAACCAGCAGGCGCCGCCGCGCGCCGCCACUAUCCUCGGAAAGUACCAGCUCACGCGCCUCCUCGGCCGCGGCAGCUUCGCCAAGGUCUACCAGGCGCGCUCCCUUGUCGACGGCGCCACCGUCGCCGUCAAAAUCAUCGACAAAUCCAAAACCGUCGACGCCGGGAUGGAGCCGCGCAUAAUCCGCGAGAUCGACGCCAUGCGCCGCCUCCACCACCACCCUAACAUCCUCCGAAUCCACGAGGUCAUGGCCACCAAGACCAAGAUCCACCUCAUCGUCGAGCUCGCCGCCGGCGGCGAGCUCUUCUCCAGAAUCUCCCGCCGCGGCCGCCUUCCGGAGGCCACCGCGCGCCGCUACUUCCAGCAGCUGGUCUCCGCGCUCCGGUUCUGCCACCGCCACGGCGUGGCGCACCGCGACCUCAAGCCGCAGAACCUCCUCCUCGAUGGCGACGGCAACCUCAAGGUCUCCGACUUCGGCCUCUCGGCGCUGCCGGAGCAGCUCAAAAACGGCCUCCUCCACACCGCCUGCGGCACGCCGGCUUACGCCGCGCCGGAGAUUCUCCGGCGGUGCGGCGGGUACGACGGGUCGAAGGCCGACGCGUGGUCCUGCGGCCUGAUCCUCUACGUCCUCCUGGCCGGGUACCUCCCGUUCGACGACUCCAACAUUCCGGCGAUGUGCAAGAAAAUUUGCCGGCGGGAUUACCAGUUCCCGGAGUGGAUGACGAAACCGGCCCGUUUUAUUAUCUAUAAGUUACUGGACCCGAACCCGGGCACGCGAAUGGGCCUGGAGGCCCUGUUUUGUAAUGCGUGGUUUAAGAAAUCACUUAAAGCGGAAACCGCGGAGGAAAACGCGUUGGACUGGGAGAAUACUAAUACUAAAAAUAACGUUUAUGAUAAGGGUUCGGGUUUGACCGCGUUUGACAUUAUAUCCAUGUCUUCGGGUUUGGACUUGAGGAGUUUAUUCGAAACGACGUCGUGUAGAAGAGAGAAGAGGUUCAGUUCGAGUGCGAGAGUGGAGGUGGUGGAGGAGAAGGUAAAGGAAGUGGGUGGGGUUUUGGGGUUUAAGGUUGUUGAGGUUGGGAAGAGUAACAGUGCUGGUAUUGCUUUGGUGAAAGGGAAAGUGGUUUUGGUGUUUGAGGUGCUUGAGAUUGUGGCGAACGAGCUUCUUUGGGUGGCUGUGAAGGUUGUGGAGGGUGGCUUGGAGUUUGAGGAACAUCAUUGGGAGGAUUGGAAAUCCGCGUUGCAAGAUCUCGUCCUUUCUUGGCACCACGAAUCGUGAAGUUCCGUAUGGACAUUAAUUUGUAUAUACUAUAUACUAUAUAGUCACUCGGUGCUGUGCGUUUUUGUUAGAUGAUUUAGUUCUUCUCAAGUGAAGGAUCUAGACAUGAUGACAGAGAGAGACAUCACAAGACGUUGUCCUGAUGAGAAGAAGCAGCGUUGAUGCUUGUGAGCAAAUAAUUUCACUAUUAUGUGCCGUAGCUUAGUUCUAGUUACACGUGUAUUAAUUUAUGAUCGUUAUGAACAUAUGAGAAUACUAUAUGGUGACUAAUGUUUGCUAUUCUCCUUUUCAGUUCAUGCCAUAAAUUUGUGUUUUCCUAAUGGUCAUUUUGUAACAACUUCUAAUGUACACACUUUCCUAUAUAUAUAUUAUAUACUAGUAUGAAAAUUACUACCCGUCAACUUUUUUUUU